AUGUCACCGACGACCACCUCUCGCCCGCCGGUGCGCCCACCCUCGCUCCCCCUCUGCGUCGCCGGCCCUCCCACUGACCUCCCACCUCGCAGUCGCUCCCGACGACGAGCCGUCGUACCCGCACACCAUCACGCACAACGCCUCGUCUCUCGCCCCCUUCUUCACGCACAUCUCGCUCGACCACAUGCACGACUUGUGCGCCGCCCGCUCCCUUUCUCUCUUGCGCGCACCCUCGAUUCGGGCGACUCGGCGACUGACCCCUCCCUGCCUCUCUCGCUCGCUCGUCGCCGCAGCCUCACCAACUUUACGGCCUACUUCACGCGGUACUACCGCAGUGAGCACGGCGUCGAGUCGCAAAAGUUCCUCCAGGCCCACCUCGAGCACCUCCACGCGACGCUCCACCCCUCGGCCAACCUCACCGUGACCCCCUUUGUCCACCCGUCGUGGCCCCAACGCACCCUCAUCCUCCGCUGGACCUCUCGCUCGGUGCCCGCCGACGCCCCGAUCGUCCUCCUCUCGGCCCACCAGGACAGCACCAACGCGCUCCCGUUCCUGCGCGCCCCGGGCGCAGACGACGACGGGUCCGGCACGACCGCACUCGUCGCCGCGCUCGAGGCGCUCCUGCGCGGCGCGUGGCACCCGACGACCCACGCGCUCGAGGUGCACUUUUUUUCGGCCGAGGAGGGCGGACUGUUGGGCAGUGGCGAGGUCGCGAGAGCGUACAGGGAGCGGGGGACGAGGGUGAGGGGGAUGUACCACAUGGACGUCGUCGGCUACGUCGCGCCCGGCACGACGCCCUCGAUCGGCCUCAUUACGGACGGCACCUCGCGCGCGCUCACCGACUACCUCGCGCGCCUCAUCCCGCACGUGUCGCACCUGCCCGUCCGCCCAACCGAGUGCGGCUACGCGUGCAGCGACCACGGCAGCUGGGACCGCGUCGGGUACCCGGCGGCGUGCUUGAGCGAGGGCGCGUUCGACGACUCGGCGCCGUACAUGCACACGGCGGCCGACACGCUCGACCAGCCCUCGUUCUCGCUCGCGCACGUCGCCGAGUUUGUCAAGGUCGCCAUCGGGUUCGCGGUCGAGCUCGCCGGGUGGGAGGUGCACGUCGGAGGGCGAGGCGAGGGGGUAGCGGCGAGGUGA